CAGCAGUGUCAGUAACAACAGCAGAAAACCCGCAGCAACAACAGGAACAACAGCAGCAACAGCAGCAACACCAGCAGUGUCAGCAACAAACCAACAGCAGCAGUAGAAACAGCAACAUAAUAGCAUUACCUUCGAUUAGCAGCAGUUGGCUACGUGCGGUGUGAAAGAAGUUCAACGCAUCAGGGUCUUCUACACGGCCAUUGGCUGUUUUGUUUAAAAUUAGGGUCUGUGUUGAAGGCAAAAUUAGCCCCUAUUUAUUAUCACAUUAUUUUUCUGGAUUAUAAGACGUUCCGGAAAGUAAGACGCACCUCAUGUAAGUUGUGCCUAGGGUCACAGUUCAAUUUACACAGAUGAUGACACACCCGCCCAUCUACCGGAUUAUAAGACGCAACCCCUUCCCCAACUUCUUUAGAAUGCAGGGGCCGUGCUGGGUUGGGUGCGUCUUAUAAUCCGGAGAGCAGCGAGAAAGUGCCGUAUACUUAUUAAUAUCGUUUAAUAUCGUAAUCAUGUUCACCUACAUGAUAUAAAUAUCCACGAUAUGGCGAUUGUUGUGAUAUCAAAAUAGCUGUCUAAACUGUAUGUUGCGAUGAUUUUUUUUUAAUGCUGUAGUGUCGUUUCGUGCUUUUGCUUGUGCGACCAGUCUCGCACAUUGCACAUCGCUUUAAUGUCCUUCAACUGCACUUCACGUGGCAUUAAUUUCACUCAACAUUCGGGUCACUCAACUUGAUGUCUUCGAUUUUUGGUCACCGUCUGCCGGGUGGUUGACCUGGGGGAUCACCUUAAUUCAGCUGUUGUGGACGGGAAAGGAAGCAGCUCUUAAGAGAUGUAAGAGACUGAAGAGCUGGUCGGUCCAGUUAUUUAAGGGAUUAAUUACUCUACCGAGUAUCGGUUCGAUUACUCGACUAAAUGGAUGACACAAAAACAGUUGGGGGGGGGGGGGGAAGUAAAACUUCUGUUUCAAUGUGCGCCAGUGGAUGUACGUUGAACUUCUUUCGCACCGCAUGUAGCCAACCGAGCUUAUCGGAGGUUUCGGAGGAAGGACAACAAACUAAACACAAAAAUCAGUUCUAAAUAAAUGAGUUUUCAAUUUAGGUUUAAACGUACAUAGCUCCAGCGGUUUCCUAAUAUCAUUCCAGACAGUCGCAGAAGCGCACCUGAAAGCAUGUGAUGCGUUGACCAUCUUUGUUCGAUGGUUAAGCCAAAAGCCACUGAGAGGAUGGCCGUGAGAGUUCGCGUGAUGGUUCAUGCUCCUUGACAAGAUCAUUCGUGGCAAGCGUUUUGUGUGUAAUGAGUGCGACCUUAUGAUGUAUUAGCUCGGCAACCGAAAGCCAGCGCAGCUCGGCGAGCAUUGAAUGGACAUGGUCGGAUCUUGCAGUACCUGUCACGACAUGUGCCAAAGAAUUUUCUACACGCUUCAGCUUGGUCAUGUAAAGGAUAGGAGAUGGCGUGCGCGGUGGCCACCCCGGUGCUGGAGCCUAGCGGGGACUUCCCGGCGUGGCUGGAGGCGCAGGGCGUGAACGCGGAGGUGGCCCGGGCCAUGGACUCGGAGCUGGGCAUCCGGGACUACGGGGUUCUGCGCGCCUGCGUCGGGGAUGGCCUCGUGCGGGCCGAGCUGCUGGCCACGGCGCGCGACCGCCUGCCCUUCGGCUUCUACGCCGUGCUGCGGCAGGUGGUGAAGGCCCUGCGGGGUGCCGAGCCCCACGAUGCUGGGAUUCCGCGCUGGGACGACGCAGCUUCCUUUCCCGGCGACGUGACCCUGGGAGGCCUGGUGGAGGUGCUGCUCGCGCUGUUCAGCGGCUUGAGCCGGGAGCUGCUGUUGUCCGUGCAGAGGCUGGAUGGUUCUAGAGCGUGCGCUGGGGACUCCACUUUAGCCACUCUUGAAAACAACGUGAUACUUGACAUCGAUGAUAAUGCAGUGAACGCAGAAAAAGUUGGGAAGGACUUUGGAAGCAGUGGAGACGACAGCCCCAAGGAAACAUUGCAUGCAAUAAAGACAGAGGCCCUGGAAGAUAUUAACGACGUGGACAGGCAUUCAGACUUCAUCGUGAAAGAUGUGGUCUCACUCAAAGGCAUGGCAUUGGACCGUGCGAACGCUUCCAAAGUUGGCACAUCUUCACAUAAGCAGCAGCACAUGGGAGGUAAAAUGCAACGCAACUUCGAAACUGAAGAGAGAUCUCUGCGUGUUGCGUACCCACCAAUGCCAGCAAAGACGCUGCACAUUCCCGAGGAGCAGGCGAUAAUGAUCGGGAACGAAGGUCUGUCGAACAAGGAACACGAUUACAUUCUUGAUGACCACGAUCUUGAAGAACAGCAGCUUUGUAGAAAAGGGUCUCUAAUUUCGAGCUCCCCAAAAGUGAACAAACCCGUAGUGGAGAAGCCCUACCAGUGCCCCGUGUGCAAAAGGAGCUUUGCGAAGCUUUCCUACUUAAAGUGCCACCAGCGUAUACACACGGGAGAGAAGCCCUUCCGCUGCAAGAUGUGCAGCCAGUCGUUCGUGCAAGCCUCCAACUUAAAGACUCACGUUCGCACACACACAGGGGAGAGGCCGUACCAGUGCAAGAUAUGUUAUCGGAGAUUCUCGCGCAGUCAUCAUUUAAAAACUCACCAGUACACUCACAUGGGAUGAAAAGCCACAUAAUGAAGUCAAGUGCUUAAUUUCGGCCAAAAAAAAUCGGGAUCGCCGUUUUCCAGGAAUAAUUUUGGCUCGCCCCAUAUUACAUCUCACCUUUUUUUUUUCAUGAUACUGCGGUGGUGUGUGCGGUGGUGUGCAAAAAUGUGCUUGAAUAGUGUUUUAGGUUAACCAGAUGUGCUUACAGAUAUAACGUAAAUGUAACUUCCUUAUUUGAUUAUAGGGUCCGAUAAUAUGAGAUUGUUAUUGAGAGGCAUAUCUUGUUCUCUAGUGGUAGUGCCUUACACUGAUGAUCACUACUGCAAGCCAACCUAGCAGCGUUCUGGAAAAUAUCGAUCGAGAUGUUAAGUCCUGCAUGUCGUGUUAGUUUUUAUCAAGUGCAAAGCCAUUUCAAUAAGGAAAAAGACUUAGUUAUUUUGUAAUGAUUAUUUUGUGUUAAUAUUAACCACUAGCCUUUUGCCCAUCCAAGGACGGGUGUAUUUCUGUAAAUCUGAAACUUGGAACCGAAAAGCAGACUGCGACGUGACGUGAUAUUCAUUGCAUCAAUGCGUGUGCAAUGUGUAAGGCCACGGUGACACAGACUUAUUUCAUUUUAAAAGUUAUAAUCCCUUUUUCAUCAUGUCCUUUUUACUUCUAUGUCUCAAUAGCGUUACGGAGAUCGUGUGACGUGAGGGUUCUGCCUUUGUAGUGAGGGUUGGAAGUUGACACUGAGGAGGGGGG